CCUCACCAGACCAGGGCUCACUGCCUUUAGUCACCACCCUUCACCAUCUUCCCUCCACCACCACCACUACCACUACCACCACCACCGUCCUUCAUCUCUCAUCACUGACAACAACCUCAACCGCUUCCUCCUCUUUCUGUCAGUCCCGUCUCGACCUCCCUGCAAAGUCCCUCCUACCUUGUUCGCCUCUUCGAAUUGUCUGGUUAACCCCCCCCUACAAUUCUCUCUCUCAUAAACGCUGCUCAGUCAAGCCCUGUCUCUUUGGCCUUCCUUGUCUUCUCUCGACAUUCAACAAGCCCUCUUCUAGCGUUCUUCCUGCGACAAUCAGUCCCUCAGUCCAGUCAACCGCAUUUUCCCUACAUUACCAUCCUCUGCAAGCUUUCACAGUCCGGCCUUCCUCUGGUCACCAUCAACUGAAAAGAUCCGCCGAUCUUGUUUCAAUAUCCUCCGGGCUCACCGAGCCUUGCUCACAACAUGCCUCCCGUCUCCAAUACUGCGUCAGCUCCCGCACUGAGAGGUCGGGAUGAUCUUCACACAACCUGGUCUUAUCUUGAAGACAACAUCAACAAUGUCAUGACCAAAUUACAAGAAGGUCUAGACAUGAAGACCUAUAUGGGCGUCUACACUGCUGUUCACAACUUCUGCACAUCUCAGAAGGCCGCAUCGAGUCAACCGCAGCCCGCCACGUCGACCCCUCUCAACACCGGCCACCGCGGUGCCCAUCUCUUGGGCGAAGAGCUAUAUACACUCCUCGGCCAGUAUCUUACAGAACACCUUCGUCAGGUCCUAAAUUCCUCCGAAUCUCACACCGACGAAGCCUUGCUCUCCUUCUACAUUCGAGAGUGGAAGCGUUACACUGAUGCCGCCAAGUACAAUAAUCACUUGUUUCGCUAUCUCAAUCGCCACUGGGUCAAGCGAGAGAUCGACGAGGGCAAAAAGAAUGUCUACGAUGUCUAUACUCUUCAUCUGGUCAAAUGGAAGGAUGACUUUUUCAAAGCCGUUGAAUCUAAAGUCAUGCAAGCUGUUCUUCGCCUGGUUGAGAAACAGCGCAAUGGCGAGACCAUCGAUCAACUCCAGAUUAAAGCCAUCGUCGACAGUUUCGUUUCUCUCGGCUUGGAUGAGAUUGACUCCUCCAAGUCAACCCUCGAUGUAUACAAGCUCUAUUUCGAGCGUCCUUUCAUUAUUGCCACCAAAGAAUACUACUCCAAUGAGUCCAGACGCUUUGUCGCCGAGAACAGCAUCGUCGAGUACAUGAAGAAGGCCGAGGCUCGCUUAGACGAAGAGAAGGAACGUGUUGGCCUAUAUCUCCACCCAGACAUCAUGAAAAAGCUCAUGGACACUUGCAACGAGGCCUUGAUCGCAGACCAUUCGGCCGCCCUCCGAGACGAGUUCCAAGUUCUUCUCGACAACGAGCGUACUGACGAUCUAGCACGCAUGUACAAACUUUUGUCCAGGAUCAAGGAUGGUUUGGACCCUCUUCGAAGCCGCUUUGAACAACAUGUCCGCAAGGCUGGCACUUCGGCUGUGGAGAAAGUUGCUGCUAAUGGUGAUAAUUUCGAGCCCAAGGUGUAUGUCGAUGCUCUCCUGGAGAUUCAUGGCAAGUACCAGCAGCUCGUCAACGUGGCUUUUAAUGGCGAGUCCGAAUUCGUUCGCUCCUUGGACAAUGCGUGUCAGGAGUUUGUCAAUCACAACCAAGUGUGCAAAAGCAACUCCACUCGCUCCCCUGAGCUGCUCGCUAAAUACACCGACCAACUCCUCAAGAAAGGCGCCAAGGCCGCGGACGAAUCAGAGCUCGAAGAGCUUUUGGUGCAGAUUAUGAUUGUCUUCAAAUACAUCGAGGACAAGGACGUCUUUCAGAAAUUCUACUCGCGCAUGUUGGCAAAACGACUUGUGCACACCAACUCUGUCUCCGAUGACGCCGAGACAAGCAUGAUUAGCAAGCUCAAAGAAGCCUGUGGCUAUGAGUACACCAACAAGUUGCAGAGAAUGUUCCAGGAUGUUCAAAUCUCCAAAGAUCUCAAUACCGCUUACAAAGACUGGCAUGACAAGGUCUUGGAAGACGGUGACGAGAAGCGAACCAUCGACUCCACCUUUCAGAUUCUGGGCACCGGUUUCUGGCCGCUCAAUGCUCCCAACGCCGCACUCGCCCCCCCGGUGGAGAUCAAGAAAGCCGUGGACUCGUUCAUCCGCUUCUAUGAUCAAAAGCAUACUGGUCGAAAAUUGACAUGGCUGUGGCAGCUGUGCAAGGGAGAGAUUCGUGCCAACUACAUUCGAUCACAAAAGGUCCCCUACACCUUUCAAGUGUCCAUGUAUCAGAUGGCUGUCUUGUUGUUGUUUAACGACAGUGACAAGCUCGACUAUUCUGAAAUCAAAGAAUUAACAAACUUGACCGACGAUACCCUUGACCCUGCAAUUGGCAUUCUAUGCAAAGCUCGUGUCAUCAUUGCCACACCCGAAGAUGCCAAGGCCAGCCCUGGAACCAAGUAUGUCUUGAACCACAAUUUCAAGAACAAAAAGUUGAAGAUCAACCUGAAUAUCCAGGUGAAGUCUGAGCAAAAGGUUGAAGCUGAAGAUACACACAAGACCAUCGAGGAGGACAGGAAGCUAUUACUCCAGGCCGUUAUUGUUCGGAUCAUGAAAGGCCGCAAGAAACUCAAGCACGUUCACCUUGUGGAAGAGGUCAUCACACAAGUCAGAAGCCGAUUCCCGCCCAAGAUUGCUGAUAUCAAAAAGAACAUUGACGCUCUCAUGGAAAAAGACUACAUCGAGCGGCUAGACAACGAUGAGUUGGCUUACAUGGCCUAACCAGUGUGUAAUCCUUGAAUUUGGGGACAGCUGCGUAGCGCGCAAGCUCGUGGGCAGGGGGUUCUCAUUCAGCCACGAUUUGCCGGAAUAAUGGUCAGGCUGUUGACAAGAUAGUCACUGUGUCGCUCCAUGAAGAGUUCUGACCUGAGAAAUCUGCAAACUUAUGGUCUGCAGAGGUGCUUCGGCAGGCCUUUCGAGGGUCGAUGACAUUUUACAGCCUGUGGAGCUCUGAUUUUUGCAUUGCGCCGGGGGAAGGACGGAUUUGAACUUUGCCUCACUAUGUAUGCUAAAUCUCAUCUAGCCGAGCAUGGAACGGACAUGAGAUGAAACGAAUGACGAUGAUGACCAAGACCAACGGUGAAUUCUGGGUCUGGAUUUGGGAAACACGAAAAGGCAAGUGACUGAAUGCCGCACAGACGUGUUUUGGGCCAUUCUGGUCACCAAUGGCCAAACAUGAACGACCUUCUUCCACGCGAGGUUCGUCGAGGAACAGUGUAGAAUAGCAUGGGACACCACGGUCCAACCCCUUCGCCAAAUUGCUCAUAUCAACAUUGAUGAGUGAAUGGCCAUCAGAAAAGCCAUUCAGAUGCUCGCUCCUAUCGACCAAGUGUGUCCGUCGAUUCACUUAUGAUAGAUAGGCAUGAGCUACAGAACAAGGCCAAAUCAUGAGGCUCAUCGGUCAGAAGAGUACGGGAGGAGCAAAGGUUUAGAUGCCUAGUGGACAUGUGAUAAAUCAUCAUAAUUGUUCUAAAUCAUAGGCAUUGCCACGUUCGUUGAA